AUGAGUCUAUUGUAUGUCAUUGUUGCAUUCGUCUUCGUUGCAUCUAUACUCAUUGCAACAAAGUCGAAGAAGAAAACGAUGAAUCUACCCCCUGGACCACCGAAACUUCCUAUCAUUGGCAACUUGCACCAAUUAGGCUCGCAGCCUCAUCGCUCGAUAACCAAACUAUCUGAAAAAUAUGGAUCUCUAAUGUCCCUAAAGUUUGGGAAGGUAUCUACCGUUGUGGUGUCAAGUCCAGACGCAGUGAAGGAUGUCUUAAAAACAUUCGAUGUAGAAUGUUGUUCCCGACCAUACAUGACUUACCCUGCAAGAAUUACGUAUGGUUUGAACGAUAUAGCGUUUUCACCGUACAGCCAAUAUUGGAGGGAAGUACGAAAGGUGGCGGUUGUUGAACUCUUCACCGGGAAAAGAGUGCAGUCUUUUCGACAUGUCCGAGAAGAAGAAGUUGCCUCCUUUGUUGAUUACGUGAAACAAUCUGCUUCAUCUGAGAAUCUGGUUAACUUCAACCAGAAGUUAAUGAAGUUGUCGGGAAGUGUGAUUUGUAGAGUUGGGUUUGGGAUAAAUCUUAAAGGAAGCGAACUCGAGAAUACUUAUGAGGAAGUCAUCCAAGGAACCAUGGAGGUGUUAGGAAGUUUUGCAGCAUCAGACUACUUCCCGGUCAUUGGUAAACUCAUCGACAGGAUCACAGGGUUACAUAGCAAAUGUGAGAAGGUUUUUAAAGUAAUGGAUGCAUUUUUUGAUCAAUCCAUAAAGUGCCAUUUGGAAGAUAAAAAUAUCAAAGAUGAUAUCAUUGCCUUGCUUCUCAAGAUGGAAUCUAAAGAGACUGGACCUGGAGAGUUUCAAUUUACACGAAACCAUACCAAAGGAACUCUUCUAGAUAUUCUUAUUGGUGGAAUAGAUACUUCUGCCCAUACUGUAACUUGGGUGAUGACACAUUUGAUUGCAAACCCAAGGGUUAUGAAGAAAGUGCAAGCCGAAGUGCGAAAAGUGAUAAAAAACAAAGACUAUAUCAUAGAAGAAGAUAUGGAACAACUCGAAUAUCUCAAAAUGGUCAUUAAGGAAACACUUAGGAUAAACCUACUUUUGCCACUUCUAAUUCCAAGAGAGGCGUCAAAAGAUUUAAAGAUUGGGGGUUACGACAUUCCAAAAAAAACAUGGAUCCAAGUCAACGCAUGGGCUAUUCACAGGAGCCCAAACAUUUGGAAAGAUCCAGAAGUUUUUAUCCCCGAGAGGUUUAUGGACAAAGAGAUUGACUACAAAGGUCUAAACUUUGAGUUGUUGCCAUUCGGUAGCGGGAGGAGGAUGUGCCCUGGUAUGGGUUUGGGUAUGUCUUUGGUACACUUGACUCUUAUCAAUCUUCUUUACCGUUUUGACUGGAAGCUUCCAGGAGGAAUGGAAGCAAAAGAUGUUGAUCUUGAAGAAUCAUAUGGACUUGUCUCUCCUAAGAAGAUUCCACUUGAACUCAUCCCGGUCAUUACCCAUUGGACUUAA